AAUUGGAGGGCAAAUCCUAACCAACUACUUUCUCUCUUUAGUCUGCGAAAUCUGCAAAGUCCAGGCCGUCGUCUUGGCACCAAGGGAGAGCAUAUCCUCAGUCACAGUUGAACUGAAACCCAAAACCCAGAAGAUCACUCCGACCUCCAAUCGGAUAAAUUAGUCAAAGAGAUGGGGAAGGAUGCGAAGGCAGGAGGAAAGGGGAAGGGAAAGGCGGCGGGCGGCAGCGACGACGGUGGAGGAAAAGGAAAAGGAAAAGGAAAAUCCGGGAAGGCCGCCGAUGGGCUAGGCACCUGCACUUAUGUGAAAGCAAGGCACAUACUUUGUGAAAAGCAGGGCAAAAUCAACGAAGCCUACAAGAAGCUGCAGGACGGAUGGCUCGAAAACGGCGACAAAGUCCCUCAGCCGGAGUUCGCGAAACUGGCGGCGGAGUACUCCGAGUGCCCGUCGGGGAAGAAAGGCGGGGAUCUUGGGUGGUUCCCUCGCGGGAAGAUGGCAGGACCUUUUCAGGAUGUUGCUUUCGCUACUCCAAUUGGGGCAACCAGUGCGCCUUUCAAAUCGACGCAUGGUUACCACAUUAUCUUGUGCGAAGGCAGAAAGAAUUAAGACCUUUGAUUUUCUGAUGAGCAAGUCUGCAACUUUGGCCAUAUGUAUGAGUUUUCUAGUUAGAUACUGCUUUGAUAUUGUAGGCAUUAUGCUUAAUGACUGAUGAAUGCUAUAUCUCUCUCUCUCUCUCUCUCUCUCUCUCUCUGUCAACAUCUUUUUUAAUAAUAUUUUUAUAUUUUUCCAUCAAGGCAAA